AGGCCCCUCUGUUAUUAACAGUUAUCUGUGUGAAGGGUCAUAUCGACAGAUAAGAGUGUAUAUCGGCUGGUAUCUGAUGAUUGUCAGGUUUAAACCUACAGACUCCUCGUUCCUGUUUGCAGUGUCCGCCUAACACCUCACCUCUACAGCAGCACUCAGCCAGAGGGGAGACGACAGAGAGUAAAGAUGGGCGGGAGACUCGCUGAGACGGUCCUGGCCUGGACGUGCGUGGUCCUGGCGGUCAUCAGCUCGGCCUCCUUCAUCUUCUACACCUGUAACAACUGCAGAUUCAGCACGGACGCCUCCCUCAUGGCGUGUGCCGACGAGUCCUGGGUCUACCUCCUGGGCCUCGUCUCGCUCCUGUUCGCAGGAAUUGCUGUUAUCGGCCUAGCCAUGGCUUUGUCGUGCUGGCCUAGCGGCCACACCAAGACCUCUCACCGUACGGGGUAUCUGUCAGAGCCCACUUACAUCGGUCAGCCGGAUGUUGGAGUGCUCCCCACGACGGAUUAUAGUGGUCGUCCGGCUUCAGACCCAGGGCGAUACAACGACCGGCCUGAUGUAGAUCCAGGGCGGCUGAACGGGUUAAAUACAAAUCUGGAUAUCGUCAUUCCCAGGGUAUAUGUGUAUAGGAAUAAUGGAAAUGCGAGGUACUGAGAUGGCUUCAUACUCGUCCAAGCUGCAGGCUAUCCUAACCCAGCCCCCAGGGCUUUGUUCGUCCAAGCUGUAGCCUACUCCAACCCAUCCCUCAGACAAUGCUCCUCCAAGCUACUACCAACCCUAAAGACAUAUUAAUCAACUGUAACGUAUCAUCUAUAACCCAAAGAUAUUUAUAUAUAUUUUCUCAAAAUUUAUAUAAAUAUGAAUUUAACGUAUUUGUAUAGUUAGGUCUAGGAUUUAUUUUAGGUUAGUUGUUUAGGUCCAGUUGGUAAUUAUUUGUAUUUGUGGUACGUUAUUGGGAACAUUAAGAGCGAGAUGUUGACGUUGGUUGUGAUAGUUAGCAAUAUUUGCAAUGGUUACACCUCGUUAUGAAGCGUUGUUUUGCCACUGUGGGCGAUGACAUUUCUUGAAAUGUCAUCGAUGAAAGAUGAAACUAACGAAAGAACUUGAAAGAUGACUAACGUAACAGAUAAUUGAUAUAUGAUCAUUAGUAUUUUUAUUAUUAUUGCAACAAAUAAUUAUUAUUAUCAGUAUUCGUUUUUCUAUUAUUAAAUGUGAUUAUUAUUAUUAUUAUUAUUAGUUUUAGUAAUAUAAGUCAUAGUAGAUAAAGAGCUUUAACAGACAAAAUAUUAUCUAAGCAACUAAAGCCUAAUAUCAUCUUUGUAUUUCUGUGCAUAGAAAAAUUUUGUAAUAAGUGAUAUAUUUAUGUCACCACAGUAAUAAGAACACAAGGAAAGAUAACUCUGAAAAAGGCCCAUUGGACCAUGAGCCAAUGGGCCCAGGCUCCAAUGGUAAUGUUACCCAGCAAGUUAUAUGGGGUAUUUAAUUAAAUAUUUAAUAUAUAAUGAAGUUUCUAUUUUGCGAUCAAUAAAACCAAUAAAAGAUGUUUUAGAGAGUUUAUAUUAGUAACACAAUUGUUAAUUAUAUUACUAUUAAUACUGUGAUCAUUAGUAUUAGGUAAAAUUGGUGAUUUAUAUUUAAUAUUGACAUUACCGGUAAUAAUAAAUGAUUAAUAAUUCUUAUUA